AUGCCUUCUAACAAGUCUUUCAAAAUCAAGCAAAAAUUGGGCAAGGUUCAAAAGCAAAACAGAUCCUUACCACAAUGGAUCAGAUUGAAAACCAACAACACCAUCCGUUACAACGCUAAGAGAAGACACUGGAGACGUACUAAGUUGGGUCUCUAA